UGGUCUAGAACUACUGAACUAGAAGAGUCCCAUUUUAAAUUUUAAUUCUGCAAUAUCUGUACACCACCUUCUCUUUCCACAAUCAUCUUCCUUCCUUCCUUUCUUCUUCCCUUUGUAGACCAUUCUUUUCACUCCGAUCCCCCCCACCCCCAACGAAAAAUGGCAGAAGGUGUUCGCUGAGGGAAUCACGUCGGAGGCUGUAGCGAAGCUCGGAGUGCCAUGGCCAUGGGGGUGUCAAAGAUGAGCUCGAGGAUGCGGAGGAGCUGCAGGCUGGAGGAUUUCUCCGCUGAAGCCUGAAUCUCUACGGCAAGAAAUCAUGGCGCGUGCUAAGCAAGCGAAAAAGGUGCGCGUCUUUUUUAUGCUCUUAAAAUGCUACAGUUCCCCCAUCAAAAAAAAAAAAAAAUGCUGCAGUUCCGUUAAUACGGCAAGUCGUUCCGCUCAAAAUUUAAAUUCAAGAACGGCAAGUCGUUGGUUCACCACCUUUAGCUAAGGCGGUGGACUUAAGUCGGUGGCACUGGCUUCUAUAUAAGGGCAAUGGCUUCAAGAGGGAGUGAAACAGAGAGUGAAGAGGGAGUGAAACAGAGAGUUGCGGGUGUGAAUGAUGAUGAUGAUGCCCGUGGGAUUUCGUUUUGAGCCCACCGAUGAAGAGCUGGUAGGCUUCUAUUUGUUGAAAAAGGUUAGGGGAGAAGAUAUAGGUUGGGAUGGCAUCGGAGAGUUUGAUAUUUAUGGUGAAAAGGAUCCCUGGCAAUUCUGUGGUGAUCAGGAGAAGCUUUACGUUUUUACAAGGCUAAAACAACUCAGCAAAAAUCGAGUGGCACGAACAGCGGGUUGCGGUGUUUGGCAUGAGAAUUCUGCCGACAAAAUCUAUGAUGGUCAGGGUGAUGUUAUUGGGGUCAGGAAACUCUUCUGUUUCAAGGUGAAGAAACAGAAAUCCAACUGGUUAAUGCACGAGUUCUCAUUAUUUGGGGAGGGAGAACGAGAACGGGCGACUGACUGGGUCCUGUGCACCAUCCAAAAGAAAGAAUCACGAUCAAGAGUUGGCGUUAAAAGAUGCUUUCAAGAUCAGUCUUCUCCCACCGUCAUCUCUGUUCAAACUCCAUCUCCAUUGCAAAAUUCCAUUAAUACAGAGGAAGAAGAAGUGCUGCUACUUGUGGACGGAUCCCAGCAGAGAAAGAAGAUGCGCUGCUGCGAUGUCGAAUGUCAAGCCACUGGGACCCCAUCAUUAGAAUGUCCAUCUGAAUUUGGAACGCCUGAGUCUGAAUUGGAAACCCGUCUACCAGCUAGUGAUAACUCUGACUCUGAGUUUAGUGUUUCAUAUGAAUAUUUGGAAACCUUGAUGGGCUGUCAACUAGCCAGUAAUGAUGACUCUGCGUCUGAGUUUUAUGCUUCAUACGGUUAUCUGCCGCCACCGCCUUCCCCUGUGGGUGGACAUCUGCCGCUUGAUGCAUGGGUGGAUUCUUGGGAUCCUUAGUUUGCUACUUUACUUUCCUAGCACCUUGUGAAUGAUCAAAACAGAGAACCAAAACUCUGUUUUACUGUUGGUGUCAGUUAAGAUAGGAAAAGAUUGUAAUUUUUUUUUUUUGUUCAAUUUUGUUGGAGCACAUUGGUGUACUUGUUCCUUAUUUUUGUUAUGGGAUAUCCAAUUUGUCA